AUGGACGACGCAGAGUACAUCAGUUUUGUGUUUAAAAAGGACGGUGCGACAUUCACUUCAAAGGAAGCAAUUAUUGAUGUUGUUCAGAAUACGUACACUGAGUAUUUUGGAAAUCUCGUUAAGCCUCAAAUAACCCUAAUUAGCCUUCACACUAAACAUGAAAAAUCGAUCGGGAUAUUUAAAGUUGCGCGCGAACAGAUCGUUAACAUCCACACGUCCCUCAUGCUCUCAUGUGGUACAGUUGGGCGGAUGUGCAGCUUCAACGAUUUAAGAUACAGCUCUACUGUUGCUGGGCUCGCCGAUAGAUCGUUCCUUUGGUCUUUUUAG